UAUAGCAAAAUGUAGAAGAGUUUUUUGGAAAUAUUCAUGUAACGGCGAUUCUCAAUUCAAACAUUUAUAUUUGUUAAAGACUUUGGUUAAUAAAAAAGAAGUAUUCUUAAACAAUUCAUCUCCGAUAAUACAGAGAACAGAUUUUCAGUUACAAUUGGUUCCUUUUCCUACUAGAUUAAUGUUUUGGAAUCAGGUUCGAUUUCAAAAAGAUUGUCCCAAGCUACACCGUGAUAUUCAGUAUCCUAGUUUCGAUGACUAUAGAAAAGAAAAGUUUAAGGAUCUGAAACACACAAAAUGGCAUUCUGGUGAUGAAAAACAUGGAUACACCUAUGUUACUGGUUUAUUUGGUUUACUAUGUGGAAUGUAUGGAUUAAAGUCGGAAUUAGUGCACUUUUUAUCAAGUAUGUCAGCACCAGCCGAUGUUUUGGCUAUGGCUACAAUAGAAGUAGACAUUAAAAAUAUCGCACCAGGCAUGUGUUCUUCUUAUAAGUGGCGUGGGAAACCUCUCUUUAUUAAACAUAGAACUGAGGGUGAAAUAUUAGCAGAAGCGAAUACACCUUUUUCAGCUUUAAAAGAUCCUGAGAGUCCUGAACAGCGUACCAUAAAACCAGAAUGGUUAGUAGUUAUUGGAAUUUGUACACACUUGGGUUGUGUUCCCGUGCCUAACUCGGGUGACUGGGCCGGUGGAUUUUAUUGCCCUUGUCAUGGAAGCCAUUAUGAUAAUGUUGGAAGAGCACGAAAGGGACCAGCUCCUCUUAAUUUAGAAGUGCCUCCUUAUAUAUUUCUUUCUGAUACUGUUGUGUUGGUAGGUUAGUUAUUUUAAUACAUUACCAAUGUUAACA